CUUCUUGGCUGUUUACUUUUUACUUCGAUCCACAAAGUUUAUUUAUUUAAAAUUGGUUAAUCAGAUAUUUUCAAGUUGCAGUAGUGUAGAACUGAUAAAGUGAACGUUGAAGAUCGUAUAUUCGUUAAAAGUUAAUCGACCUUAUCGCGUUUUAAUUAUCUGUAAACGCAUAAACUUAGUCAUCGUUUGAUCCCUGUUUCCUCUAAUACACAUCUGUUUUGCGGGCUAUUCUACACAAGUGACUAAAUUUGGUGAAUAUUUAACGAUACAAAGUGCAAAAGUGAUCUCACUAGUGAUAAAAAACAAACUUAAUAUUUACACGUCAUAUCAAUCAAUUUUGCAUUAUCACUAUAGUUCGAGUUUUUUCGAAAUAACGCCAUCUAUUGUAUUAGUCUCACACUAAAUAAUUCAACCCACGGCGGUCACUUCUGCUAGUAGCUACGUGCGUAUACGCUUCGCAGCACGUUUUCUUGCGCUUCCUCCUAUCGCUUGAAAUAUUUUCACCGCUUCCCACAAGAUGUCGCAUAGUAAAAUUGAAGAAAUUUUUUGCGCUGCAUGCAGAACUCAUCUGUCUGCCGUACAUAACUUCCUAAAAUGUUGCUCCUGUAAGGACUCCUAUCACAUCGAAUGUCUCAACAUCAAAAAAGAUCAAUAUUUGGAAUUUACCACCGAUUUACUCUCCACCUGGAAAUGUCCGUCCUGUAAUAACGUGACGAGGCGUGCUGGAUCUAAUCUGAACACACCGGUACGGACUACUCAAAUUCCUCAUAAUGAUUCCUACCUAGACAGCAUGGAUGUGUCCUUCUCCGGCCGAGAUUCCCGCGCUGCAUGCCCCCCGAAGCCUGUAACCGAAGAUAGUUUCGAAUCCUUCUCUCGUGCGUUGUUUUGUAAGAUGAGUGAAUGGCAGGGCGAAAUAAAUGGCAGCGUAUCUAGCCUCAGAGGGGAACUGAAAUCAUCAUUAUCUGAAAUCAGGAACGAAAUAAUGUCGUUGCGAGCUGAGCAACAUAAAAUAAAUAAUCACGUGUCAUUGUUGACACAAGACAUUUCUCAUCUGAAGUCCUCCGUAGAGUUCUGCAGCAACGAACACGAAGAUAUAAAAAAACGGUUGGCAGAUGUCUCUGGCAGGUGUGUGGACAUGAACCCGGCUGUGCUGGGUCUGGAGCAUAAAGUGGAUUUGUUGGAGCAACAAGCGCGUCAAUGCAAUCUGGAGAUCUGCAACGUGCCAGAAAGGCGGAAUGAACACCUGCCUGGAAUGAUUGAGGCCAUGAGCUCUUCUCUCAACAUCCCCAUUCCUGCUAGUGAAAUUGUCUCCAUUCAUAGGGUACCGCACGUUAGAAGUGACAGCAGCAAACCGAAGAAUAUUAUUGUAAAAUUCACCACGCGCACGCUUCGCGAUAACGUGUUAAGUGCCUACAGAAAAGCGAAGGGACUUACCUCCAGCAAAAUGGGCGUACCUGGCACUUCUGUUAAAAUUUAUUUAAAUGAGCACCUUACAUUAAAAAAGAAGCACUUAUUUCGCCUAUGCCGUGAUGCCGCAAAGAAGAAUGGCUUCAAAUAUGCAUGGGUUAAAAAUUCUUCAAUUCUUGUACGUGAACGCGACGACUCACCGGCUUUUGUCAUUAGAACAGAAUCUGACCUGGAAAAAAUCGUAUCGAACACUUAGUGUUAUUGUUUACUCAUUUACACCUAAAAUUACGUUUUAUUUUCUAGUAUACUUCAAACUUAGUAGUAAUCUUACAUAUUAUAACUGUAUAUAUUUGAUUUUUAAAAUUAUUUACUCAACCAUUCACGCUAUUUUUGCAAUAUUAUGUUUAGUUAAUCUUAUAACCAGGGUGUCAAUUAACUUACCAAAUUAUGUCAGCAAAUCGACCAGGGAACAUAUUAUUUCUCAUGUAUUUCAUAGCAUGACUGUAUUCCGCAUAAACUUGCUUAACAGAAUGGUUCUGACACUUUUGCCUAUUUCUCAUAGUACGUUAAUUACAAACUACUUUAAACACAAACAUAUAAUUCUAUUAUGUCAACACGAACACAAAUAUUUCACUUUUGUUUAUGGAUAGUAAGCUGUCAAUUUAUUAUCAAAAUUGUGGCGGUAUCAGAACUAAACUUCAGACAGUUUAUAUGAACAUUCUCUCGUCCACCUACGACAUUAUUGUACUAACCGAGACCUGGUUGACGCCGGAAAUUUUCAAUAAUGAAUUUAUUGAUGAGCGAUAUAUCGUUUUUAGGUGUGAUCGCGACCGGCUAGCUACAAAAAAAGAGGAUGGUGGGGGAGUUAUGGUGGCUAUUUUAAAAGGUCUGUGCCCGGCCGAGCUCGACUUAUCCCACAUUGCUUCUGAUACAACUCAGCCGUCAUGUAUUGAACACUUGCUGGUAGAAAUUCCUGGCAGAGAUAACAACUCUCGACACGUUAUUAGUGCUGCGUACAUACCACCUUGGGCUUGCGUUUCCGCUUAUGAAAAUCAUUUUAAUUUCCUUUUGGAGGCAUUAAAUAAUACUAACAUGAAAAACAUUUUCAUAAUUGGGGAUUACAAUCUAAAUGAAUUAAAUUGGACCUAUUCAAAUACAAACAACCCCAAUGAUGGUAUGAUACAUGAGGUUACCUCGUCUCGAAGUCUUCUAUUAGAUGACUGUAUGGCUAAUUUGGACUGUAAGCAAUAUAACUAUUUACGCAAUGUGAAUGAUAGGACCCUCGACUUAGUUAUCAGUAAUACGACAUGCUCUGUUCAACCUCAACCCUUAUCUCUCGUCCCGCCCAACAAUCAUCACCCCCCUUUCGUCUCAUAUAUGUCUGCGCCCACCCCAACUAAAUCACUUUUAAAGAAACCUUUUGUAAAAAACAACUUUUAUAAAGCUGACUAUAAAACAAUAAAUGAUGAGAUAGCAAUUAUUGAUUGGACCGAGGAACUUGGCCCAUUAACUGCCAGCAACGCAGUUGACUUAUUUUAUAACAAAAUUAAUAGUAUAAUUAAGAAAAAUACGCCUUUAAUAUAUUCUAAAUCGUCUAAUUUUCCUAUUUGGUUUCCUCAAUCUCUUAUUAAUAUAGCGAGAAAAAAACAAAAAGCAUGGGUUAAAUGGAAAAAGUGUGGUAACAUCUCGGAUUAUGAAAGUUUUUCGUAUUACAGAGGCAUGUUUAAGGAGAAAUGUUCUAGAAGUUAUCGUGAGUAUAUGCUCUCAGUUGAAAAUAACAUCUCUACCAAUAUAAAAUACUUUUGGACCUAUAUUUCAAAUCGUAAAGGUAAAUCUAGCAUACCAUCCGAAAUGAAACUUAAAGAUGAGAAAUCCACUAACCCUGAGGUAAUUUGUGAUAUGUUCUCAAAUUACUUUAAGUCCGUCUUUGAACCUAGGUCUAAUAAAAUUGAUAACUGGCAGCCCUCGGCUGAUAUCGGCGACAACUGUGAUAUUAUAUCUAACUUAUUCCUCACUGAGGAAAAAAUCCUCAAAGAACUCGAGUUGUUAAACACAUCUAAGGGCGCUGGUCCUGACGGAAUCCCUCCAUACUUUCUAAAGCAAACGGCCAAUACCAUAUUUAUACCACUACAUAUAAUUUUUAAUAAAUGUUUAACGGAAGGCUUCUUCCCUGAUAUUUGGAAAAGCGCAUAUAUUAUUC